GAGGUGAUAUAGAGAGAACUGUUUUUUUUUUGCAAUUCAAAAAAUGGGAGUUCGUGGUCUGACCAGUUAUAUAGCUAAAAAUGCUGAACAAUAUUUGGAUUCACAUGAACUUCAUGAUUGCGAUGUUGUCGUCGAUGGUGACAGUUUGGCAUGUCAAUUAUACAAAUCCAUAAAUUCAGCAUUCGGUGGAAAUUAUGAUCAAUUCUAUCGAGUCGUGUGCAAUUUUUUUGGCAUGCUCAAACAAUGUAAUGUGACGGCAUAUGUACUUUUGGAUGGGGGCUACGAGCCAAAAAAAUUGUCAACCGUAAGACAACGGCUACGAUCGAAAAUCGGUGCAAUCAAAUACCUGAAUCCAUUCGAACAAUCCACACCAACAUUUCCGAUUAUGAUGCGAGAAGUUUUUAUUGAAUCAUUGGUACACUGUAAUGUUAAAUUUAUGCGGUGUAUAUUUGAAGCUGAUGAUGAAGUUGCUGCACUAGCUCGCAAACUAAAAUGUCCAGUCUUGAGUUUCGAUUCGGAUUUUUAUAUACAUAACGUUAUGUAUAUACCGUCGGCGUAUUUGUCUUUGAAAGUUUUUCGUCGAAAUAUUUUGCCAGAGGAUGGCAGAAAAGUUAGACAGCGUAAGGAUUUAGUGUCUGAAAUCGAUUCGAAUGGAGAUUAUAGUAAUCAUAAAAAUACCCAGAAGAAAGACUGCUACUAUUAUAUGCAAUGUUGCGCUUAUCAAAUUGCCAAUUUAGCGCGAGAAAAAGGUUUGUCCAAAGAGAUGUUGCCAUUGUUUGCGAUACUUUUGGGCAAUGAUUAUGUGCACACAUCUAUUUUCAAGAAAUUCUAUAUGAAUGUUAGUAUGAAAAAGACGGGCAAAAAUAACACGAAACAAGGAAAGCGGAUUGUUGCAUUGCUUAGGUGGUUACAACAUGAAACCAUGUCUUCGGCUAUCGAGAAGAUAAUCAAUCACGUUGAGAAAGACAAAAAAGAAUGGUUACGAGACCAAAUACGUGACGGCAUAUCGGGAUAUGUUAAUGAGAAAAGCAUGGCCUAUGAAUAUUUUGGUCUAGAAAAUACAGUCCGUGACUCAAAAGUCAAAUUCACAACACCCACAGUUUGUCAUAAAAUGGCAGAAAUCGAAACUGAAGCUAGUGUUGAGCGGGCACAGAAUGACGACAGCGAAUCCAAUGGCGAACAAUCUGACACUGAUGACGAUAUCACCGAUGAUGAUGAUGAUGAUGAAAAAGAAGAAGAAGAAACACCAUUAGACUUGGAAAUUCAGAUGAAACAACAAAUGUCCUUAUCGUCAUCAUUCAAACCACCGGAAUGGCUCUUGAAUAAAAUUCUAAGCGGCAAGCUACCGCGAUAUGUUGUUGAUUUGAUAACACUCCGACUUUACAUUAAUACGCCGCAGGUUGAAAAUUUUCAAUUGGAAGAUUGCAAUCGAAUAUCAGUUCCAAUUCUACAAAUGAUCUUCACCAUCUUACAUGCCAAUUAUCCAUACCAGAAAGAAUUUCGUUAUCUAACCCGAGUGCAGCGUCGCACGGACAUCGAAUACAAACGAUACAAUUCAUUGUGCCUUGAUUUAAGAUUCAAUGCCAGCACAAGUAAAAAUCACGAGUUUUUUAAACUGAUUUUCAGAGAUUUCGACAAUUCGGAGCAGAUUUUUAAAAUGAUCGAUGAAACAAUUCCGUCCGAUAUUCAACUUUUAUUUGUUGCAAUCAUUUAUUGGUCACGGUACUCAAAACAUUUCAAUGUUGUAUAUGUGAGCAGCUUGUUGUUGUGUCAGAUUGUAUUGGCUGUACACGAUUCGAUAGUAGAACCAAUACGUGAUCGCAUUAAAUUCGAGAAAAAAUUUAAACCAAACGAAAUUAAAAAGCUCAUGAAGAGUCAUCAAAUGACUAAAGUCGAAAGCGGUAGCAUGUCAAUAGAGGCAUGUAAAACGGCGAUAACUCGCGACGAGGUUAUUUUGGCGCAAUUUAAUUUUUUGGAUUUGUUUACAAUAAGCGACAAGCUGCGCACAAAGCAUACCGAAUUUUCAAGUGACAUAAUUCACGGAUUUGCCGAAUUUCAAUCAAUUGUCUACCAACUGAAUUGUCUGAAUGCAUUGUGCGGUGAACCAUAUCCAAACAUUAAUAUAUCAACAUGUAUUAAUGGGUGCUUUUUAUUCCACACAUAUAUGACGCUUAAGGAGAGGCCAAAUAUUCGAUACUAUGUCAAAAACUUUUUACUUUCAUUAUCACCGAAUAUUUUCAAUUUAUUCGAACUCGAGUUAAAUGUUCUUAUGCCAUUCAUUGAGUGCCUUUCACAAGAGAGCAUUUCAAAGCGAAAGAAGCGCAGAAAUAUCAACAAACGAAAGUCAAGAGAACAGCGACAGAAUAAAAGCAAUGAAGAUAACCAAUUGUUGAAUGAUGGUGAGACGACAGAAAAACGAGACGAUGGAGAUGAAGAAUCUGAUUACGAAGACUUGAAUAACAAAUUUUCCUGUUUAUCAACAGGAAAAAACUAGAAUGAAAAUUGUAUAAAAAAAACCAUUCGAAUGUUAUUUAACAAAUAAUAAAAAUACUUUAUUGAUGUUAUAAAAGUAAAUUAAUCUUGAUUUGUUUCCAUUUCCAUUGGAGGGGCAUCGUUUUCGUCUUCUUUUUGUGUGGUUUUGUCUUCGGUUUCUUUUUUCUGGAAUUUGUUCACUUCAAAUUUGGUAACAUCCGCACCCAGCAAUCUAAGCAUGUGUAUCGAAUCAUUCAAAUCGAUAUAUGCACGAAGUGAUUUUCCUCCCUUCCAACCAACGACAUUCAAAGUAAAACCGAAUUCAUUAUCCUUGUACACAAGCAAACAACUGCCGGCUUCCACAUCUUUCAUGCGUUCUUUGGUUUGGUCGCUCAUUGUGUCGAGUUGCGGUGGAUUUUGUGGAUUAUUAUGCUCCAACAAUAAAAUCAAAUCCUCCUUCGAAACUUCAAUACGCCGAGCAUUUCCAAUGACAUUGCCGAUGGCCUCCAAUCCCUCGUUUGCAAGACGGAAAUCACAAUUUAUAUUCCGAGCAUCGCAGCGAGCAAACACUU